AAACAGGUGCAUGGCGCAUGGUGCAAACAGGAGCAUUCACUACAGUACGAGUUCGCUAGAGUAGCAGUAGCACGAUAAAAUAAAGUUUUCGCUGUUUUUUUUUUACAAUUUACAAGAUGUCCAGUAAUUCUGCUGUGAUAAGAUUUGGUUUUAAGGACCAUAAAGAGAUCAUGGACGCCAAAGCAGAUUUGGUCAUCACUGAGGCUGAUGCUAACUCUCUUUCUGAAGAUGUCACCCCCCAUACCCAUGGUAUUUCAACAUCAAGUGAAGAGGAAGAGGAAGUUCCUGCGAAAGUUCCACGCCUCCUCGCCAAAUAUAGCCGACACAGACACAGAAGUGGGGGGCCUUCACAAGAGGACACAACUAGGCGGCAACUUGUGAAGUAUCUUCAGGUGGUCAGCGAAUCUCAAUCUAUCCUGAGUGCCCUACAGUUUUGGCAGGACAUGGCCAAAAAGCUUCCAACCCUGUACAAGCUGGCAUGUAAAGUUCUCUCAGUGCCAGCAUCAUCUGCCCCUGUGGAGAGAAUCUUCAGCAGGGGAGGGAUCAUCAUGCGCCCACAUCGCGCACGUUUGUCAGCAGAGAUGCUGUCCAUGUUGAUGUUUCUGAAGUGCAAUGAAGAUAUUCUGUGAAAGGGACCUGUACCUAUACAAAAAAAAAACUUUUCUGGCACAUUCCAGAAUCCGACAGAACAAAUGUUUGUUAAUAACUAUUGUAUUAUCAAGUACAGUAUUAUUGUAAAAAAAGUACACAAAGGAUUUAACAGUAAUUAUCUAACAGCACAAGACAUACUCAGUUUGUUUUACAUCAAUAAAAGACUUUCAUUUCAA